CAUUUUUCCGUGGCGCACGUUCACUCCUGCUUUCCGUUUCGCCUUCUUCUCCUUCAAAACCGUCCCCUCUGCCCUGUAUGGCCGUAUAGGGCCCCAACCAAAUGGCCUCGACAUCCUCGAAACGUCCGGGUGCGCCUGCGUCUAUAUGCUUGAUGUGACCUCCAGUCAAGUUCGCAGUAGACGAGCCAGGAUCAUCCUCGCGACCCUCGACUCCCGUGCUACGCAACAGGCUUGCGUUCGUUCGCACCCAGGCACACCCAGUUCAGCAUAACCGCCCCGUCGUGCGGCCACCGCCCAUGCCUUACAUCCAAAGCAACCGAUCCAGGCGCCACAUCAGUUCUAUGACUGGUUCGCGUGCGUCGACCGCUCGGUCGCGCAUAGCCAGGAGGUGCACUACGGCACACACCUGGAGAGUGUGUCGGAGCCCCGAGGCUGUAGACAUGUGCGAUCCGCUGUCAGAACACAUCGACCCGGUCGACUCGGUGGUCGAUGGAAUGCUGAACGAGCGGCGGAUGGUCGAGGAGGGUGGUGAGAGCCUCAAAGGACCUUGUGAACAGCUGUUCAAAGAGCGGGAUUACCUACUCAGCAUAACCGACGCCAUCGACGUGAGACUGAGCUACUUCCAGGAGACAUAAGGCGGUGUCAUGCAUUUCGGGCGCAACAUUCUCUGCACGGAUUCCACCAGCGGGCCUCCCUCCUCGACAGCGCAGUACCACGCACCUAUGGAGACCUCUUCGGGUGAGUGAAAACGGUCCCGCAGCCUUCGCGACACGCGCUGUGAGUGUCUCCACUGGUUUGAGCAGUGAUUCGGCCUCGCGGUGACUGUGCGCGACACACAGAGCCAAUCAUAAAGGGCGCGAAC